AUGGCAGCCACGCAGUACGAGCUCUCGCCGCCGCCGGGCGAUGCAAUAUCUGCCCUCGCCUUUGCGCCAAGCUCCGGCACCAAGCUCCUCGUCUCGUCGUGGGACAGGAACCUGUAUAGCUACGACAUUGCCAGCGGCCCGGAUGCUACGCACCUGAUGAAUACGUACCAACACCGAGCACCCGUGCUGGAUGUCUGUUUCGGCGCCGGCGAUGACGAGGCGUUUACCGCUGGUAUGGAUUGGGGGGUCAACAGGAUAAACCUCCAAACCGGCGACAUGACGCUUCUCAGUAAACACGACGCGCCGGUACGCUGCGUUGUCUACAGCCGCGAUCAUGGCAUCCUUGUGUCUGCCUCGUGGGACUGCAGCCUGCACAUCCACAACCUCAAAGACCCCUCGAGCGAACCCAUCAAGAUGACUCUGUCCGAGAAGCCCCACGCUCUUGCCGCCAGCCCGUCCAAGGUCGUCGUCGCAAUGACCGGUCGUGCCAUCAGCAUCUACGAUCUCAACGCCAUGGCGGAUAUGUUUGUAUCUGGCAGCAAAGAGCUCGAACCGUGGCAACGGCGAGAAUCCUCGCUCCGAUUCCUGACGCGCGCAGUUGCCUGCAUGCCCAACGACGCGGGCUACGCCACCAGCAGUAUCGAGGGUCGGGUUGCCGUGGAGUGGUUCGAAGACACCGUCGAGUCGCAAGCGCGGAAAUUUGCCUUCAAGUGUCACAGGCAGCCCGCUCCCGACGGCGACGGCGACAUAGUAUAUCCGGUCAACGCGCUGGCGUUUCAUGCUGUUCACGGGACGUUUGCCUCGGGAGGGGGAGAUGGCACCGUCGCUCUGUGGGACGCCGUGGCCAAGAGAAGAUUGAAACAGUACCAGAAGUAUCCCAACAGCGUGGCGGCGCUUUGCUUCUCGAAUGACGGAAAGUACCUUGCUAUCGGCGUCUGCCCCGGUUUCGAAAAUGGACAAGACGACUACAAUGGAGCGGGCCAGACCUCGGUGCUGGUGCGGGAGCUGGGUGACAACGAGGCAAAGGGAAAGGGCGCCAAGUGA